AAAUUCGUUGACAUAAUAUCAUACUUAGCUUAGAACGUCAAUUUGUUUAUUAUGACAAUAAUAUGGCUUUAAUAUAUUACGACAAAACUAUUAAAACUUUUUAUGAACUUAUAUUAAGUGGCUUGAAAGAGACAUCAAGGCCUACAUCUAUUCAUGAAUUGGUAAAUUAUGUUACUGUUAAAACCGACUUUCCAGGUAGCGUAUGCUAUCAAGUAAUCAGAAAAGCCUUAGAUAAAGGCCUGGCUUGCAAAACUAUACGACAACUUGGUGAUCUCUACAUGGCCAUUCCCUCGAAUAUUGAAAUCACGUCGAGCAUGUUAAAACACUUGAAUCGCUAAAUCUAACUACUAAAAGAGAAACCUGCGUAUAAUUAAAGGAUUGUGUUAGAUGUCGAUUGCAUAGGGGAAAUCAUCAUAAAACCAUUAAACAAUGUUUAACGAUCAGACUAUUUUUUUAUCGUAGCAAUAAACAGGUGUUCCAAAGUCAAAUGCUAAUAAGAUUCAUCUUUAUUCAAAAUAAUAAAAUAUUUUGGUAUAUGUGGCGACA